CUCCUGCCACCAUCGUCUUCCUACCCCUUCUGUCCACCGUUCCUUCGCUGCUCAGCAUCGGCGGGACGCGUACCAUUACGCGUGUCUUGGGUCGAUAUCCAUUUCUCGCAACUUUUUAGUGAUACCAGUACCGCCGUUAUACCAAUCUUUAUUUUCCAGCUUAACACUUAAUAUUUGUCUUUAUCAUGAACUCCAAUGCAUCGACGACGUCCCGCUCGCCCGCAAAACCGCCUAGUGUGGCAGCACCCAGGACGGCCAAACGAUCUUCCAUUCCUUCAUUAUCGUCUAAUUCUGCCAUUAAGGACAGACGUAUAUCAGCACCUCCUGGAGAGAGCGUUAUCAAAGUAUUGGCGUCACCAUCAUCCAUCGCUUGCCACACCAACAUCACCUACUCCCAACGGCGGACGCGCACCGACAGGCGGAGGCAUACCACGGCCUAGAGCCACCCCAUCUAUUGUUUCGACGAAACGUUCCCUGGUUAGGACAAUCUACGCUCCUUCGAGUACAUCUCCCCAAGCCCGUGUUACAAACGAAACUUCAACUUCGACAACUACUCCACCACGUGCCCAGCUCAGUCCACUGGCCACACCACCCUCACGCACACGCAAAACACCCGCAUUCUCCCCUGAACAGAGCCUUUCGCCUUCUAGCCAUCUUACCUCACCUACUCCCCAAACGACACCAAGAUCUCUUCUCGAUAGGCCCCCCUCGACUCCCAAGGCUACCCCAUCGCGUUCGAUGCUCGGACACAGCCCGUUAUCCAAGAGCAGUACUCCAAAUUCCACACACCGUUCUCCCAUAGUGCUGUCCACACCGAUUCUAGAGCAGCCAAAGUUAUUGUCCCAAUCUGCUGCUCUGCUUUCUCUCACUGAAAAUAGCACCAGCUACGGAAGCCCUGAAAACCACUUCUUUUCCACCUCGGCCGUGAUUCCUUCUUCCUGGGCUAUCGAUGACGAUAAUGCGACUCUGGACAUGAUUACAGAGGACGGAGACGAGCACGAAGGUGACGAAGAGCUUGCAGGUCUUUUGAGCCAAAUCUCGACUCUUCAUUCGCGCAAGAUCACAUCAUAUAAGAGAUUAUUGGAGCGCGCGCAGCUUUCGUCGGCAGCUCAAUUGCAUGCACUGCAAGCGGAGAUCCAGGUUCUCAAGGAGCAAUUACAAAAUGGACGUGGGCAUGCUCACAAUCCAGUGCCCAUGAUAUCCGGCGAAGGUUUAUGUCGACAGUGCCGGAGGAAGAAAGGAUACUGGGACGGAUACAGAGGAGUCGAAGAUGAUGAGGACGACGAAGGAGUUGAAGAUGAUCUUGCAGUCAUUUUGAAAGGGAAAGGGAAGUCCAAUUUCGACGAGAAUGCAGUGCGGAGGAUAGUUCGACACAUGGGGCGGGAAGCCAGAGGUCGAUUAAUUGGUAUCAUAUUAGAAGCAUGUCACCCUGGCGAUAUCCCACUUCAGAUUCUUCUCCUCCAACGCUACCUAAAAUCGACAUACGAUGUCCUUGGGAAUCUCUCCCCAGAAUUGUCUCUUCGGAUUCUAAAGGAGUUUAGCGUGUCACAGAUGCUUGGACUUACGACAGUCUCCAAGAAGUGGUACGCGACGGUACAUCAUCCAUCUGUGUGGAGGUAUCAUUGUCUGCGAGUAACGGUGAACGAUCCUGUCCCGCUUAAAUGGCCUGACGAUGAUGCGGGUUGGUUCCCGCUCUAUCGCUCACUCCACCACCUCCACUCUAACCUUGCCAAUGCACUUCCUCAAUCGAUCUUGUUUUUGAAUGGGCAUACUAACUUUGUGACGACCCUCAUAUUGAAGGGGAGGCGGUUGGUUAGUGGGAGUUACGAUGAGACGAUCCGGUUUUGGGAGUUGCCGGAGAGAGGUGUUGGGGUAGGAAUGAAUGCGGCUGCCACCAGUGUGUCUGGUGGGAGUCAAGUGGAUGUAGCCGGUCUCGCCCAAUGUAAAAAAGUAUUGAGAGUUGGAAAAGUUGUUAGUUGUAUCGAUUGGCUAAUCGAAGAAGAGGUAUUUGUAGUCGGGUUCCAUGACGUUGGACGCGUUCAUCUAUUCUCUUCCUUGACAUACACACCUCUUCAACAGCUUGCUGGACAUCUCAAUGGUAUCCGCGCUGUGGCGCUGAGCUCCAAGAAUUUGGUUUCGGCAGGUGCCGAUAAGGCGCUCGUUUGCUGGGAUUGGCGUGCGGGGACGAAAAUUGUUCGCUUUGGGCAGCAGACUACGAUCAAUAUUGGCGUCCAGAUCAUCGCUGGCUCGACGAGUAACGAGGGUGAGCGGGUUGUCAGCGUCACCAUUGAUGGAGUUGUACGGGUGUUCAGUAUUCAGCGGAGAGAGAUGAUGUCACAAUUCAAGUUAUCUGAUCUCGGUGGUACUGAUCCUGUACUGAACGCAAAAUUGCAUAACGUUGGCGCUGCCCCUAACAACAUGUUACAAUGGUUCGCUGCCAAAGGCACGCAGAUGACCUGUGCCACCAAGUCAAUCAUCAUGCAUCUCCAAUGGCAAGAGGAAUCUGAAGACGCUAGUACGAAACCUACACCCACGUCCAGCAAAUUAAUGGGGCCGCCUUCUCCAAAGGUCACCUCUCCGAUAUCAUUGUCUACAAGCCUGAAUACAGUUCCGGCUGCUCCUCGCGCUCGUACAGUUUCAUCUCUGGCCCGUUCUACAUCAUCUGUCAUAUCCAGCUCGCAAUCUUCCUCUCGGCGUACAUCUCUGAUAGCUAGCGUUUCGAGUGUCUCUACUGCUAAAAGCAGAUUAAGUAUGAACUCUACCACGCGGGCUAGGACACCUAGUACAUCUAUCAGCCCCACGUCGACAAGGACCGGGACACCCGCAGGGUUGUUCCCCAUCAGAUUCGGAAGAGCGGCGAUAUUAACUGCGCCACCAAAAUUAGUUGCAAUGGUGGAGACGCCCGACGUAGCUAUGGGAGCGGUCGACCCAAGGAAAAAGAGAGUCGUGACUGCUACGAGAUUCAGUUCUCGGGCGGGUGCCGAUAGAAGGAUGUUCAUGUCUAUUCAUGAAGAUGCUAAGGAGCAGCCCCAUGCCGGAAACGACUCUUUGGAAGCUGAUGCGGACCUCGAUUUAGUUCUAGGGAUUUCAUCCAGGAACUCUUCGCCUUCAGUGGAUAUAGAUACCACUGUGACCCCCGUUACGGGAGCGUGGGCUGCUUUGGCCAAUGCUGACAACGCGACUGGUGUCGGGGUAAAGGGCUUGAUCGGACCUCUGCCUCCUAAAUUCCAAGGAUUGGCAACGCCUGAGAAAAAUCCAAUGUCAAUGCAGUUAAGUCAUGAAGAGGUUGUGAUAGGGUGUGCAGAUGGGACUAUAUAUGUCAUGAACUUUGUUGGUUAUGAGUAUCAGAAGCCCAGACAGCGGCCAGAGACUGUCGAGGUGUCUGUUGACGAUGUCGAUGACGAAAGCAUCAGUGCAUCAGAUCAAAGCUCUGGUAUCUAAAAGGACGUAGUGGAACCUUCCCGUGUCGCUUCAGCACUUUAUGGGCAUCUCUAUACACUACUUGUC